GAUUCAUCACUCCAGAGAACGUGUUUCCACUGCUCCAGAGUCCAAUGGCGGUUGGAUGUAUCACCCAGCAGAGCAGUAUUCUGGCCGUAACACCAGGGACUCUUACCCUGCUGGAGGUCCUUCCAGAGGAACAUGGGCCCUCGUCAACAGUCGCCCCUGGGGCCCUCCAAAUAGGUUCAAUGGAGGAAUCAACCAAUCUCACCACCUAAACAAGAUUUAUUCAGACAGGGGGGGCAGGCCACCCUUCCAUGCCCAGGGCAGGGGCCCUCAGCAGGACCAGAGAUUAGCACCACGACCCUGGGACCAGAAGGACCAGGCUUAUGAGACCCAUGGCUGGCACCAGCCCUCCCUACGGUCAUUUCACAACCAUGGUCGCAACCAAGGGGGCAACCAAGCAGGACCUGAAGAACCCGUCACCAGCUGGGACUCCUACAAAAACCAGCCUACCAGGUAUGGGGGUCCCCACCAGCACCAUCUGCCCAGAGACCCCCCCAGAGACCUGGGCUCCCCAGCUGAGAGGUGGGCACCUUCAGAUCGCUCCAGGGCCUUCCCGGGCAGGAUGAUGGACCAGGAACUAGGACCAUGGAAGCGCCCAGCCUCCCACCAUCACAACUACCACCGUGACCAACUUCCACACCGCUCCCCACCCUCACAGCAUCCCCCCCCUCCCAGGGAAGACUGCCCUGCCAAAAGGAGCAGGAGCUCUUGUCCUGAGCAGCCCUCUCACCGUGGAUCAAUGCAUCUACCCGGCCCAGACCAGCACCAAUCACCACCCCACUACCCCCCUUCCGAACAAGGCUUCUGGAAACAAUCAUAUGACAGACCUGGUCCUCGCACCCAUGCUGACAGGAGGAGCUUGUCUAUAGAGUUACAAGAAUCCACCAAGUCAGGAUUAGGGAGUCUCAAAUACAGAACACAUCAUUCUACCCAUUCUCCAGUUCCCCAGGCCCUCUUCAAUGGUCAAGAACCCCCCUCCUUCCUCCCAUGCCCGCCACCCUUCUCCAGCCCAGCCCAGUGGCAACAGAAGACCCCCCCCACCAUGGAUCCAGAGUGGAAGUGGAUGGCCAGUCCCAGCACCCCUCCUCACCAGCAGACCGCACCGGCGUGCCUUACAGCCAGCACCUCCACCACCAGCAUCCCACAUCACCCCCCACAGUACCUCAGCACAGCCCCCCAGCUCCACGCUCCCACAGACAGCAAAGGGAUCAGACCCCCUCCCAGCCCUCUGCUACAGAGCCUCCCCACCGCAACAGCAACCACAGAGAUGGAUGCUGCACCACCCUGAGCUCCUCCAGCACCUCUGGCCUCUCCAGCUCCACCACUCCUAGUAAGACCAGUGGAAAGAAAGAUCCUCCUCCCAAUCAUAGGAGCCCUGACAUUGGCACUGACACACCCCACAAACGGGGACCAAGGACACCCUCGCCCAGUCCCACACCUCCCCCUCUCUCUGCCUCCCCCACAUGGCUAGGCUCAGGCGUUCAGAGGUUAGAGAUGAAGCCUAGCAGGGCCUCAGAGCCUCAGACCCCACCCAGCUCUCCUACUGUCAACAACAACAGACCUACUGCCAACAGGCCAGAGCUGCAGCCUCACAGACACAAACAGACAGAGAGGAAACAUAAGGAAAGGAGAGCAGAAAGAGGUGAGGAGGGAAAGAGGGAACAGAAGAGGAAGAUGGAGAGGAAGAUGGAGGAGAGGACAAGGAGAAAGGAAAAAGAA